UCGUUCACAUAGCGUUCAAGAAGAAUGAGGUUUCUCCGAUCGAUUUCCCCGCACUUGACCCGCAUCCACCGUCCUCUCCGACCCUUUCCCUCCAUCCACUCCCUCAACCGCGAGUUCUGUUCGGCCUCGCCGGAGCAGUCGAGGCGCCCUCCUCCCUCCGACCGCGUCUCCGCCAUCAUCGACGAGGUCUCCGCCCUCACGCUCCUUGAGGUCUCCGACCUCGCGGAGGAGCUGCGCAAGAAGAUGGGCAUCGAGGAUAUGCCGACCAUGGUGGUCAUGAUGCCCGGGAUGGGGUUCGCGGUGCGAGGAACCGGGAGGGCGGGAGCCGGGGCCGCCGCGCCGGUCGAGAAGAAGGCGGAGAAGACGGCGUUCGACCUGAAGCUGGAGGGCUUCGACGCCGCCGCGAAGAUCAAGGUGAUUAAGGAGGUGCGGGCGUGCACGGACUUGGGGCUGAAGGAGGCCAAGGACUUGGUGGAGAAGGCCCCGACGCUGUUGAAGAAGGGCGUGGCGAAGGAAGAGGCGGAGAAGAUCAUGGAGAAGAUGAAGGAAGUUGGUGCCAAAGUUACUAUGGAGUGAGAUUUACUGAAGCAAGUGAAAAAGCACUAGCAGUGGAACCGUGGGAAAUAUUUGGCGCAAGCGAUGCUAAACGAUAUCAUUGGUGGCAAUUUUAUUGCCGAGCUUGGAGAUUGCUGUUAUUUCAUCAUAACAUGGCUCUUUCCUUGUUCAAACUGCUUAUUUUUUUUUCAUGAGACUUGGAAAAGCACCUCUGUUGACAUUUUUCAUACCCAUCAACCUCAAGUUUGUUUUCUGCUUAUAGAUCUGUACCCUGCUGUGGGACAAAGCAGAAGGGGGGAUCUGGCUUGCUGACCUUGUUAUUACAUACCCGGUGGCUUCUUUCCACUGUUUGUGAGGUGUAUCCUCUGUAAGAUUGCAGUAUUCCUCGAAGCAAUGGUUGCGCGGUCGAUGUAAGGAGCUUCUGAUGGAUAUUUCAGUACUGGUCCCAGUUCAUAUGCCAUUUUCAGGUCGUUUUGUUACUGCAACAAAUUGUUGUUCGUAUUUAGUGUUGUGUUCGCAUUUGAACGAGAAGAUGCAGAGAGAAAUAAGUAAAUUCAUAUCUUUU